AUGCCGCGACUCGAUACACUACCCGCGGAACUCCUCCUUUACAUUGCGGAAGCAUGUACCUGGGGCCCCCGGACCCCGCGUCCCAAGCUCUUUGGACCCGGCGGAGAACAGCUUCAGGGCAACUCGGGAAAGCCGCGAAUGGUUCUCUCAUACUAUGGCAGAUACCACGCGUCACUGGCUCGCGUCAACCGUCGUCUCCACGACCUCUUGAACGGUCCGCUGUACAAGCGCAACUUGCUCCACGAUCCUAUGUCUAGAUCUUGCCUGCUGUUCGCAGCGGAGACGGACCGCAUAGAGACGUUGCAGGUGGCUUUUCGCUAUGGUGGCGUGGACCUAAAUAGAGUCUACGACGAGUGUCCCACCCAGAAUGAGGCCGUACCACUUCACGCCGCACUCGCCGCGAGGAGUAGCCGUGUCGUUGAAUUCAUGCUAAACCAUGGGGUUGAUGUUCAUCUGCCGUCCAGUCUGCCAGCUGACAAUGAUGGCUGGGGCUAUAACUGCGGACCGGGGUCCGGUAGGCGACGACGAAGUAUAAUGGAAAUCAAUAAGACGGCGUAUCCGCUACAUACAGCUGUGGCAUACGGGACCGUGGAGGAUGUGGCCAGCCUGAUUGAUCACGGCGCGUACAUGAUCGCCAAGGGAACGUCUGUUCUCAGAGUCCUCGACAAUCUAGGGCGGCCGGACCUUAUCGAGAAAGUCUCCCAGCGCACUGAUCCUGUGACGCUGCGUGCCCGUCUUCACCGUGCCGCUUCGGCUCACGACAUGGACCUCGUACGGGAGAUUCUAAAGUACAAGAUCCACGCAGGCGACCUGGACCGCGACAGACAGAAUGUCCUUCACAUGGUAAUCCGAGGAAACGGCGAGGAGAACCUGCCUCUGAUCGAGCUACUUCUCCAGCGGCGUGAUAUAGACCCUACUAUCGAAGAUAACGAUGGCUAUACACCCGUCUUCGCCGCGCUCUCAAUGGGCCAUAUCAGUACAGUCAAACGUCUCCUGCAAGAACCCGGGGUCGGUCUCGCUGGUCUGACGGCAAAAGGGCGGACUGCUUUACAUGCAGCCAUCCAGUCACAAGACCUGGAGCUAGUCGAAUACGUUCUCAAUCAGCCAGGUGUCGACAUCACAGCGGUAGAUCACGAAUCACGCAGUGCCAUGACUCUCGCCAUUUUGGUGUGGCGUGAAGAAGUCUCUCUGGCCUUGGUCAGCCUCCUACUCUCCAACGGGGCCCAGGUAAACGAUGUGGCACCACAAGGUGGAGUACUCUUCGAGCUCCUACGGCGGCGUCACAUUCGGACAGCUCUGCUUAUUCUUCGAAAUGGGCUGAUAAUGUCACCAGUCUCCUUGGGACGUUUAUAUGAUGGAUAUCGCCUGAUACUCCACACCUGUCUGAAGGAACCUCACGAAUCACUAAUAGACAUUCUCAAGGAGCUGAUUGCUCUUAGAGUCGAUGUAAACCAACUGGAAGGGGAGCCACCCGCUGCCGGCGAGGAACGGCGCUUUUUCAGGCCCUCGCCGCUGUUCGUUGCUGCUACCGGUGCAAAGAGCUUGGAGUGCAUGAAGCUUCUGGUGGCCGCCGGCGCUGUCCUAAACGAGCCGGAUGACAACCGCUUCACCAUGCUUCUGAGCAUCUUCAAGAGAGCCUGGGGCGAUAAUCUGCCGUGGGAUGACUCUGACGCCGAGGCUUACGCGGACCGAAUCUGCUUCCUUCUUGAGCUUGGCGCGACAAUGGGGCACGAGACCACGGAGCCAGUGAAGACCGCUCUGGGUUACGCUUGCGAAGUGUCGACGAACGAAUCUUGCCCGCUGCUCGCGCUGUUGUUGGACAACUCGACGGCAGCCAAUGUUGGCGAGAGCCUCGUCCGUGCACUUAUAUCCCAUUAUGAAUCUUAUGAGAAACGAGACGAACCCAAGGCAAGGGAAAUUGUUCGCCGACUUGAAGCCUUUGAAACGAAAAUAUUUUCCAAAUAG